AUGAGGCCACAGGCCACGGGCAAUAUUUCUGCUAUCGCCAUUGACUGUGAAAUGGUCGGAGUACGAAACGGUCGCCAGACACUCGCUUUUCUCAGUGCCGUCAACUUUUUAACCGGCGAAGUACUCAUAAGUCGCUAUGUUAAUCCAGAUGAGGACGUGAUCGACUGGAGGUAUGAGUUCAGUGGCUUGACACAGUUCAUUAUGACCAGCGCCGUUGCCUCUGGUGCGGCAUUUGGAAGCUGGCGAGAGGCGCGUGAUAAAUUGUUGGAGUUCAUUGAUAAGUCCACUGUGUUAGUUGGUCAUUCUCUCAACUAUGAUCUCGAAGUGCUAGGCAUAGCUCACUCAAAAGUUGUUGACUCUGCGAUUCUAACUGCCGAGACUGUCUACCCUUCCGUGAUAUCAACGAAGCCAUUGCCCCGCAUGUGGGGACUAAAAAAACUUGCGAAGGACCUCUUGAGCUUGACUAUUCAAGAUAGCGACUAUGGGCAUAAUGCUUUGGAAGAUGCAUUUGCAGCACGCGAUAUCCUCAUCUGGUGCAUCAGAAACCCGGAGGAACUCAAAGUAUGGGCGGAAAAUAAACGAGUCCAGGAAAAGCCCAAGCUCCCACAAAACCGAACAAAACUUGGCAAAAGCAGACCCAACAGCGAAUUUCCCAUCAGAAAGACUCGUCAAAGGCUUGAGGCAUACGAUUCCGACGAUUUUCUAUUGUCAGAACUUGCAUAUGAGUUGGGAUGGCCCGAAGGAUAUGAUCCUUGGUCCGAUUGA